AUGUCCCGUGUUUCGUUGCUCGCCACCCUUCUCUUAAUAAUAUCUGUCUCCUCAGCGUAUCUUUCCGAUUCAUGGAUGCUCAGCUCGGAAAGGCCAACGAGCCCACGAUGUGUACCCAUACCACACAAUCUCACCAUUUGUUACGGCAUGCAGUACAGUCAAAUGCGACUUCCAAAUUUACUGGAACAUGACACCAUUAAUGAAGCGAUUCAUCAGUCGAGUGAUUGGAAGUCGUUACUUCAGUUGAAUUGCCAUCCAGACACACAGCUUUUUCUAUGUUCACUUUUCGCUCCAAUUUGUCUGCCAACUAUGGACAAAGAGAUUCUGCCAUGCCGAUCACUAUGUAAUGCAGUUAAACAGGGUUGUGAAGGACGGAUGUCUGUCUACGGUUUCCCAUGGCCAGAAAUGUUAUCCUGUGAUAAAUAUCCCGAAGAUAACGAUAUGUGUAUUAAGGCUAUGAACGUCGAGAAACAAGCUCGCGAUAUCAGCUGUCCGGCGUGCGUUCAAGUUGGAACAUUCGAGAAUCUCGUCGAUCAUUUCUGUCGUAGUCAGCUAGUGCUGAAAGCUAAAAUCGCUCGGAUCACUGGAACACAUGUCAGCCUGAGAAAUGCAAGGAGUCUGAAGAAAGGUGACAGGAGACGGUUAGUAGAAGAUACUGGUGAGUUUCUACUGCUUUGA